AUGGACAACAAUCAUUUUUUUAACAGAGCAAAGCCAUAUUUGGCUGUAAUUUUCUUGCAGUUUGGCUCUGCUGGUACAGCUAUAAUAGCCAAGUCUGCUCUAAAUCAAGGAAUGAGCCAUUAUACCUUUGCAGUCUAUCGAAGUGCCAUUGCCACUGCUGUCUUUGCUCCUUUUGCCAUAAUCUUGGAAAGGAAGGUAAGGCCAAGAAUGACCACCUCCAUUUUCUUGAAGAUAAUGUUGCUCGGAUUGUUAGAGCCCGUUAUCGACCAGAAUCUGUACUAUACCGGGUUGAAGUAUACCACAGCAACUUUUGCAUCAGCAAUGUGCAACAUUCUUCCUGCCAUAACUUUUUUAAUGGCUUGGAUUCUAAGGCUUGAGCGGGUAGAUAUUAGGAGAUUACACAGCCAGGCAAAAAUAGUAGGGACACUGGUGACCGUCAGUGGAGCGAUGAUUAUGACACUGAUUGAAGGUCCCUCGGUUAGAUUUCCAUGGACCAAACACAAAAUCCAUGAGCAAUCUACAAGUGCUACAAAUCAGCAAGAUUCGAUUAAGGGCGCCCUCAUGAUAAUGUCAGGAUGUUUCUGCUGGGCAUGUUUUUACAUCCUUCAAGCAAUUACGUUGAAAUCUUACCCUGCCGUACUCUCCCUCACAUCUCUGACAUGCAUGAUGGGGGCAUUGCAAGGCACUAUUCUCACCCUUGUUCUUGAAAGGGGCAAAACCACAAUCUGGUCCAUUCAAUGGGAUACAAAAUUAUUGGCUGCUCUUUAUAGUGGCAUUAUCAGUUCAGGGGUAAUGUAUUAUGUUUCAGGAACAAUAGUGAAGGAAAAGGGACCGGUUUUUGUAACAGUCUUUAAUCCUCUAAGCAUGGUUAUCAUAGCAAUUAUGGGCUCCUUCAUUUUCGCAGAGCAGAUGGACUUGGGAAAGGUCCUUGGAGCAGUCACCAUAGUUGCUGGUCUAUACAUGGUCAUAUGGGGUAAGAGCAAGGAUAAAAGUGUAUCCAAGUUGGAAGAAAGCAUAUCUAAGUUAGAUGGUGAUCGGAUAACGCCAACUGACAAACAAUUGGAUACAUGGGAUGAUGGUAAGAAGACUUCAUAUCAUGAGUCUGUUGACGGUUCUGACGCAAUUCCUCCCCAUGAAGCUGUGUGA